AUGCUGGCGGAAAACCUGGUGGAGGAGUUUGAGAUGAAGGAGGACGAGCCGUGGUACGACCACCGGGACCUCCAGCAAGAUCUCCAACUUGCUGCUGAACUUGGGAAGACGUUACUGGAUCGGAACACAGAGUUGGAGGAUUCUCUUCAGCAGAUGUACACAACCAAUCAGGAGCAGUUACAGGAGAUUGAGUAUCUGACCAAGCAGGUGGAGCUCCUACGGCAGAUGAAUGAGCAACAUGCAAAAGUUUAUGAGCAAUUAGAUAUAACAGCACGGGAACUGGAAGAAACCAAUCAAAAGCUAGUUGCGGACAGCAAGGCCUCACAGCAAAAGAUUCUGAGUCUGACUGAAACCAUCGAAUGCCUACAAACCAACAUUGACCACCUCCAGAGCCAAGUGGAGGAGUUGAAGUCAUCUGCCCAAGGAAGAAAGAGCCAGGGGAAGUGUGACCAGGAGAAAUCGGCACCCAGAUUCUCGUGUCUGAAGGAACUCUACGACCUCCGCCAACACUUUGUGUAUGAUCAUGUGUUUGCCGAGAAGAUCACUUCCUUACAAAGUCAGCAAAGCCCCGAUGAGGAAGAAAAUGAGCACUUGAAGAAAACAGUGACGAUGCUGCAGGCCCAGCUGAGCCUGGAGCGGCAGAAGCGGGUGACGAUGGAGGAGGAAUAUGGGCUUGUGCUGAAGGAGAACAGUGAACUGGAACAGCAGCUGGGAGCCACGGAUGCCUACCGCGCUCGGGCGCUGGAGUUGGAGGCCGAGGUGGCCGAGAUGCGGCAGAUGCUGCAGUCAGAGCAUCCAUUCGUGAAUGGCGUUGAGAAGCUGGUGCCGGACUCUCUGUUCACCCCUUUCAAAGAACACAGCCAGAGCCUGCUGGAGGAGCUGUUCCUGCCUUUGCCAGAAGCACACAGAAGGCCUCUUAAGCGCAGCAGCAGUGAGACGGUGCUGAGCAGCUUGGCCGGGGGGGACAUUGUGAGGGGCCACGAGGAGACCUGCAUCCGGAGGGCCAGGGCUGUGAAGCAGAGGGGCAUCUCCCUUCUGCAUGAAGUGGACACUCAGUACAGCGCCCUGAAGGUGAAGUAUGAGGAGUUGCUGAAGAAGUGCCAGCAGGGAGAGGACUCCCUGUCCCACAAGGCUGUGCAGACCCCCAGAGCUCUCGCCAAAGACCUGGCGGGGACCAACGCCCAGCCUGAGCUGGGCACCAGCGGCUGGGAACCAGCCUCUGUCACCCCAGAGCCCGUCAGUUCCCCCACCACCACAACACCUCCGGAAUACAAGGCGCUUUUUAAAGAGAUCUUUAGUUGCAUCAAGAAAACAAAGCAAGAAAUAGAUGAACAGAGAACAAAAUACCGAUCUCUCUCCUCUCAUUCCUAA